GUUCAUAAGACCUCAAAGAUGCGAAUUAUCCUAUCCAAAAAGCAUCGUGAUGGUUUGGCCUCCUCAAGGAGCAGCGUACAGCUGUUUUAUUUUAAAUAGAGGUAAAGCCCAUGAUGGUCUCUCCAUUUUGUUUUCACUCUUCAGUUCCAAGCCCCUCCUCACACUCAGACAUUCCUGGACCAUUAAACGACCACCGACGCAAUGGACUUCUCUGAGCAUCUUCACGAACUUUGCCCUAUUCAGUUCCCUGUCAAUGCCAAUGGCAUGACCUUCUUCGACGAUGAGGCUGAUCAAGCCCUAUGGAACGGCCUUGACCAGGAGCAAGCCCCCGACCCGCUCGUCUGUCUUUGCCCAGAGUACUCCGGCCAUGGUAAUGGCGCCCUCGACAACGCUGGCGGUUUGGUCCUCGCUGGUCCUUCCGCUGAAAAUAACAUGGAUGCUGCUGGACCUUUGCUCGCCCAAGCUCCCAGGGUCAUUCCCGACAGGCUCAACUACCCAGAACGUAACAAAGCCUUGAGUUUAGCCUCUGCCGAGCCAGCCGCAUCCCUCACUCCCAAUCCCAAGCUCUUCACUUGCAAUCACUGUGGUUCCAUCUCCGCCAAGACGCCGCGAGACUUCAAUCGCCACUUGGCUACCAAGAAGCAUCUCAAGAACGCCAUCAGGAACGGUUCAAGAGAGAUUGAGUUGGAGUCGUCACCGAGCCGUGGCACUGGCUUCCGCUGCCCAGUCGUAUCCUGCGACAAGACAUUCCCGCGCAAGGAUAACCUGUGGAGGCACAUUACUAAGAUGCAUGGCAUCUCGGGUGAAGAUGAGUGA